AUGCUCGCCGAGUACCAAGCACUCUUAAUCGACGCGGACAGCCUUACAGAUCAGUUCGUUUACCUAGCACUAGGCAAUGCAGUAGCUCGGUGGGCCUCAUACGAUGACUCUGACUAUGGUACCGAGACCCUGUCUAAUGUCGAGCAUCAUCGUGUACUUCGUGCGUUUUUCCGGUUGCAACUCUACGCUGUAAUCCGGAAACUCUAUGGAAAAGGGAAAGGCUUCAAACGGAAGAUCAGAAGCUUGUUUUCGAUGUGGACGACGUGGGAGUUUGAUGAGGUGAGAAGUUUAGCCGAAUGGAUCAAGAUCGAACGCCCAUUCCUACCGCGAAAUUACGACGCCAGUAUCCGCAAGUUGUUUGCCUGCGUGGACAAACACUUCUACAACGACAUGGUCCCGUAUGUCAAAAUUAAACCCGCUCCUUGUCGCGACCGGAACCGACGUCGUGCAUUCGCGAAGAAGUCAAAGAUUUGGCUCGACACGCCUGCGACACAUCGUGAAGGUCGAGCCGAUGCACGGAACAGGGACUGGAGACCACUUGGUUACAGUUACGGAUGUUACGUCGGUUAUACACAACAGGUGUAUCGAGAGCAUUGUCUUGCUGAGGGUUUCCCGUUCUGGUGUCGAUACACAAAGCCACAUGGUGGAUGGUGGCGUUUCCGCGAUGCCGAGCUGUUCCAGAAAUUCGGGCAGGCUGGGGUCUAUGACACGCCGACAGGACCGUGGCGGUGA